CAUUAAUCAUGGGUCAACAAGCGGAGUUAUAUAUAUGUGUAUAUAUAUAUGAGAUCCAACAGUCGAUUUACAAAAUUAAUAUCAUCAUAUUGCUUUUAAAUUCCGAUUGAAUCAAAAGUUUAAAAAAAUGUCCGAAACAGCGAAGAAAGUUGUUUUAGCUUAUAGCGGUGGCUUGGAUACAUCAUGUAUAUUAUUAUGGUUGAAAGAAAAGGGAUAUCAAGUUAUAGCUUAUAUGGCGAACAUAGGACAAGAAGAAGAUUUUGAUGCUGCUAGAAAAAAAGCGUUAAAAAUUGGUGCUACGAAGGUAGUAAUAGAAGAUCUUAGAGAAGUUUUUCUAUCAUCAUUUGUAUGGCCAGCCAUUGCAUGCGGACUUCUUUACGAAGAUAGAUAUCUUUUGGGUACGGCAAUCGCUCGGCCAUGCAUUAGCGAAGGUCUUAUAAGACUUGCAAAAAGUGAAAAUGCAUACAUAAUCGCUCAUGGUGCGACAGGAAAAGGUAACGAUCAAGUUCGUUUUGAGUUGAACUGUUACAGCCUUUAUCCAGAUAUCCAGAUACUCGCACCUUGGAGGGAAAAAGAAUUUUACACAAGAUUUUCAGGAAGACCGGAUUUGUUAAAAUACGCACAACAGAAUGGUAUUCCUAUUUCAGUAACACCAGAAGAGCCAUGGAGUACUGAUGCGAAUCUAUUACACGUUAGUUAUGAAUCGGGUAUUUUAGAAAAUCCAAAUGCAUUAGCUCCGAAAGAAAUAUAUAAAAUGACAUGUGAUCCAUUAUGUUCUCCAACGGAACCGGAAGAGAUUGAAAUCAAAUUUGAGCAAGGAUAUCCGUCGUCCGUCAAACAAUUAAAAAAUAAUGAAACGUUUCUCACUCCGCUUAAAAUAAUGCAAUAUUUAAAUGAAGUUGGUAAUCUACAUGGUAUAGGACGUAUCGACAUUGUCGAGAAUCGUUUCAUUGGUUUGAAAUCUAGAGGAAUUUACGAAUCGCCGGGGGCAACGAUUCUAUAUAAAGCACAUCAAGAUUUAGAGAUUUUUAUAUUGGAUCGUGAGGUUUUAAGAAUAAAAUCUUAUUUGACUAAUAAAAUGUCUGAUUAUGUCUACAAUGGUUUCUGGUUUUCUCCUGAAUUUGAUUUCGUACGGAAUAACAUAUUAUAUUCUCAAAAAUACGUAAAUGGUACGGUUCGAUUGCAGUUGUACAAGGGAAAUGUAUUUGUACUUAGUCGGCAUAGCAAAACUUCUUUAUACAACCAAAGUUUAGUUUCAAUGGACGUACAAGGAGAUUUCGAAUCUGAAGAUGUGGGUGGUUUUAUUCGCACACAAGCUUAUAGAUUGAAAGAAUUUAAUCGUUUCAAAAAACAAUGUGAUAUUUAAAUUCAUUUAUUAACAUAUGUUAAAUAUUAUAUAUUUUAAAAAGAAUAUAUUAAUUAAAUUUUAUAUAUAAUUUAAGGAGGAAAUAAAAAAUUUGUGUGUAAUUAUUUAAAAAAGAAACGAAUUUAAUUAUUGAGUAUCAAUUUUAAGAUACUUUUUAUUUUAUUUCAAUUAAAUUUUAUGUUAUAAAUUUUACAUUUGAGUUGUUCUAGAGGUAAGGUCAAUGAAAAAUACAAGUACAAUUAAUUUACUUUCAAUUAGUUAUUAAUAAUUAAACCUUAGAAUAAUUAGCAUAUUUGUAAAGAUUAUAAUAACGUAUAAUAUGCAUUGUUUUAUCUGUAUUAAUAUUAUAUACAAUAUUUCUUAUCCAAUCUAAUAGAUCCGCAACAUAAGAGAAAACGUCAAACAUGAGAAUAUGUAUUUCAAUCAGUAUAUCUCUUCUAUCGAUGACUAUGUAACACUUUCACUCUGUUUCUUUCUCUCUCUAUUCAUAUUUAUAUAUUUAUAUUUUUAUAUAUAUAACAUGCAAAAUAUUAUAAACUAAGAAAGGUAAUUCUGUAUAUAUAUCUAUAAUUAAUAACCUGCAGCUUUAUUAUAUAACAUUGUAUUCACAUUUGCAUCGUAACAUUAAUUCAAGUAUCUAAUAAGUGUCUCUUUUCUUAUUUAUUUAUAGAUAUUAAUAAGAAAACAGACGAUAUAGUUCAAUUUGAUAUUGUUAAGUAAAUAGAGAUGAUAGAAUGAAUCGAUAUUUUUCAGUACAUAUUGUUUUCGAGUUUGUAAAGAAAUAAAAAAUUAUGAAUUAAAUUUGUAUUAAAUUGAUGUUUUAACAAUAUUAAAACAAAAAAAAAAUAUAUAUAUAUUUUUUGAAUAAAUACAUUUGUAACGAUGCAUCAAUACAAAAAAGUCACAUUAGAAAUCCAAUAAUUCUUUUAUUUGCAUUCUUUGGAUGAACAUAAAAAAUUAUAAAUUAUUUCUUUUGAAUAAAAAUAGUUUAAUGGAAGUCAGGGGUAAGCGUGCGAACAAACUUGGCUCAGUAAACAACGUCCUCUCUUACUUAACAACAUCAAGCAUUUCUUUAUUUUAGCCAUUUAUUCUUCAUUUCAUCAUUAUUAUUUAUGUACAACCAGCUUAAUGUCUUGCUAUCGUUAGUCGUAAUAAGUCUACUAAAACUCAUGUGCCAUUGGAGAUGAUGUGCGCCCGUGGGAACUUAUAUAAAAAAUUAUUUUUUUGAUACAGCGGAGUGAUUUUGGUGUUACUUACGAAUUAUUACGAUCUUUACCUAGUAACUUAUACUGAGAUCUAGUAGGUUAUACAAUCUAUCGGCCUCCCUUAAAUAUUACAAACCUUAUCACAUAUAUAGAGGUGUGUAUUAGUACUUAUUACUUUUUAUACAUAGAUAUUUGUAUUCUGUUUAAAUUGCUGCCAAUGAUUUCUUCUCGUAUGUACAAUUACAAACCACGUAUUAUACAAUCAUAAUACCUAGUACACACAUUCCUUCUUGCUCUCUUCCAUUCUCACUUUCAUUCCUAUUUCCAUCUUUUCUCUUACGCUCCCUCUCUUAUUCGCUUUCUCUUUAUCAAACUCACUCUCUUCUUUAAUUCUUUCUUCUUAAUAUUUUUUUUCUUUGUUUUAGAAUUCGUGUCACUAUUGAGCUCGUUAUUUUAACACGACGCAAUUUCAUAAUCAGAGGAAUUCUUUCAUUCGAAGACACUUGCGAUUGGUCAGUCUAAUGGUACAAUAUAGACAAUAAUCGAGCAAAAACAAUUAAAAUCGUGGAAUUGCUUUGUCGAUUAAUAAAAAAUUUUUCAUUUCUGAGCAUCGUUUUCUAAUACGUGAUAUGUCAGAAUUUUUCACUUCUGAUAUAUCGUUUUAUAUUACUAACUACGCUCAGGACACGAAAAAUUAAACAAAUAGAAAAAUAACACAUGCAGAAUGUCGUUAAAAGCAUUCGCUGGAAGAUAAACACGUACUGAUUGUACAUGAAAAUAUUUAAAUCAUUAUAAACGAUUUUCUCUUUCAGAAAAAAUCAUUUAAUUCAUCGUAUGAUAUUUUCGAAUAGAGAAAAUCGAUUACGUUUAACAUGAUGUCACAUUUCAAUGUUUCUUUUUUUUUUUUUCUCUUUUUUUUUUUUUCUUUUUUUUUUACAUUUCCUAACAUUUUAUAUCGUAUAUUACAUCGUAUUAUAACGUACCAUCUAUCGUAUUCGAAUAUCAAAUAUAAGUAAUUUGUAAUUAUAUAUGCCAAUAGACAUGUUUUCGGAAAUCUUGCUCGAAUACCGAUAAUGAUCGACGUUAGUAAACGGAAAAACAGUACAUAUUUAUUACGCCUAGACUUAAACUUCGAUUCGAUUUAUAUCUAUGACAAUUCCAUUAUCUCCUCGAAACAUCGCUUUUUUUUUUUUGUUUAUAUCGAAAGAACACAAGAUUAUUUUUCUCACUUUCCCUUUUUUCACAUAUUAUUAAUGUCACCCUCGCAGGAAAUCAUCUCACUGCAUUAAGUGCAUACAACAAGAAUUAACAUACGGAUGACUAAAUCAUUGUACAUGCUAAGACGCGAAUAUUAAUAUCGCAGUGAAUACAUUGCUAAAAGUUGAGAGCCAAGAUUUCAUCGUAAAUCUUGAAUUUUGAUUAGCAAACACCCGGGAACAAUACCGGUGUAUUAAAUAAAAAAAGAUGUAAGAUAGUCUACUGUAUUGCUAGAAUUAGUAUUGACGAUCAACGAAUGCGUGAUCGCAUUGAUAUGAAAGCGCACACAACACAUGAGAAUAAAGAGCAUUCCACGUAUGAAUGCUUAUUAUAUUAUUAUCAAUAUUUUUUUUUUUUUUCGUUCAUCUCCGAUGCACUUGACAACGAAAACAGGAUUACGAAUACCGACGCGAAUAUAUACUUAUAAAUUUUCGCUUUCUAUUUUAUUACACCUGCUGUGUACUAUUUUCGAGCUCCUUGUUUGCGAUCCUGUUUCUCAAUAUUCGAUACAAUAUUUCAAUCGGUCGCAAACAAUGACAACACACAAUAAAUUCAAUCAAUAUACCCGAGAAAUAUUUCGGACAAUUAUUUACGACAUUAUUUUUUUCAAACCGUUAUACGUUUCCCUGUCAAUCAUUUACUUGCACUUAGAAUUCACAUUUCUUUUGCCUGGUCGUAAUUGAUAAGUAUCUAAACAAAUCAUAGACAGGCACACAUACAAUUAACGUUACUCUACAAACGUGGAUAUUUCGUGUUCUUCGACAUAGAUACACGCCUCCUACGCUUUCCUGUUCGUUAUCUCGACACGUUUUUCUUUAGCGUCGACUCCAUUCACUCGUUUGGAGGAAACGCUCAAGAAAUUUGAACGACUAUAUAUUAAACAAAUUUAAUGCGACGGAAUCAGGUCUAAGCGUCUCUGUAAUAAUAAAUCAUUUGUAUACACUGUAAUGUCAUCUUUAGGCGAGGGGCAUUUCAGCAAUUUAAACGCAAGCCAAACUUUCGACGGAAUUCUUGAAGAUCGGAAAUAGAUUUCUUCUUUUCCUUUUUCUUGUUUUCAUCGAUCGCAUUUUUCGCGAAAUUCCUCUUCAAAAUUUACAUAAUGUGCAAUGUUACACGAUCGAUUUUUAAAGCGACGUUUAACGAAAACGUCAAACUCUACGAGGUUCGUCGAAAACAAAGUUAUACGAUAUACCAUGAUAGAUCAUGUUGAAAAAAAAACUCAGAAUAAAUAAAAUUAAACAUUACGUAUUAGUGAUCUAUCAUCGAUAUCUUAUACACUUUGCCAUUUGACAGAGUUUGAAAAUAAGACGAAUUCAUUUUUGAUGAUCUUACGAACAUCGCGUAUUUAGUAUGUACCAAACUGCGUAUUCGAUCUUUGAAUAUUAUUUAAGAUCUUUACAUUGUUCGCAACUGUAAAGUAUUUGUUCUAGUAUCACGUAGAAAGGAACAUGUAUUUGUGAACAGUAAAUUCUUUUGAAUUAAGCAAAAAUAAAAUUAAGCAUAUUUUGUUAAUGCCACAAA